AUGGCUUCACACGACUUCACGCCUAACGAAAACAUGGACUCAUCGAAGGACACACCCUCCAUGGAGGAAACAAUAGACGCGGCAAGUGUCCCAUGGUGGAGAAGAAUGUUAGGGCGAAAGCCAGAGACUGUAGAGGAAAACAAUGAUUCGUAUCGGUCGAAGGCGACCCUUGGAAUUCUCAGCGAUAAAUAUACAGACGAAGUACCUGGAACGGUGCUUCUGCUCUCAGCCGAACGCAAUGAGCCUCUUGGUAUGAGGCAUCAACCCCAGCGCACGUCAAGCUCCUCACUUCCUACCAGCAACCCACCCUCUCGUUCCUCUUCCCGCACCAGACAACCACAGAAGAAGCGCACGGCGGAUGGGCAAAUUGUACUUGAGCCCCAACCAGAUGACUCUGUGAAUGAUCCUCUGAACUGGCCUGUGUGGCAGAGAGAUGCGGCACUAGUCUCCCUGGGCUUCUAUUGCUUGAUGGGAGGCGGUAUGACCCCUAUUCUGGCCGCUGGAUUCAACAGUGUUUCUAAAACAUACGAUGUCUCCGUCCAGAGGGUGGCAUUCACGACUGGAUUUUACAUGCUGGGCUUGGGCUUAGGGUCGGUGGUCAUGUCACCGACUGCUAUCCUAUUCGGAAAACGUCCCGUCUACCUACUGGGAGCGAUUCUGUUUGUCAUCUCGGGCAUCUGGUGUGCUCUUUCCCCGAAUUAUGCUUCCCUGGUGAUUGCGCGUAUCUUCCAAGGUGUUGCGGUGAGCCCGGUCGAGUGUCUGCCGUCUGCUACUAUCGCCGAAAUCUACUUUUUGCAUGAACGGGCCUACCGUGUGGGCAUUUACACGCUACUGCUGCUGGGCGGUAAGAAUAUUAUCCCUUUGAUAAGUGCAGCUAUCAUUGGGAGCUUAGGCUGGCGCUGGGUCUUCUGGAUUGUUGCGAUAAUCGUCGGCUUUUGCUUGGUUCUGCUGUUUUUCUUCGUCCCUGAGACAUUCUGGGAUCGAACUCCUCGUCCUCGUCGCAAACGUCCCACCGCUCACCGUACUGUUUCCGAUCUUGUUCAUAGUGGUCUGCGCGGACGUCCGCACGUUCAGAUUCCAGAGGUGUCUGUUGGAUCGAGCAAUGAGGCGGUCACUCCUGGCACCCCGAGGAAGUCUAAGCAUGCGCAUUUUGGAUUUGCAGUCGAAGACACAGAGAACGAGAAGCAACCGUCACAAGAUGAAGCAGAUCAAAUAACAGCUGAUGCACAAAGCCCCGGUGAAAUUCCCCCGCCACUUACCCCAAUCGCCGAAACGACGGUCGAAAAAGGAGACAAUACGUCAACACAGGCUCAUUUGGCUCCCAAGAGCUCGAUUGAUCUGGAGGCCGGCUUCUCUUCUAGACGCAGCGAGUCGGUUGAGCCCAAUCCUUCAAUCAUGUCAACUACCUUGCACUACACUAAUCGUCUUCGCGACCAACCCAAAGUCCCCUAUCUCCAGUUACUCAGGGUAUGGAAUGGGCGGAUCACGCAUGACAGUUGGAUUAAGAUUGCAAUCCGGCCUUUUAUCCUGUUCGCUUAUCCUUCCGUUCUAUGGUCAACUGUUAUGUACACGCUGUCAGUUGGCUGGCUGAUCGUGAUUUCCGAGUCCGUCUCGACCAUUUACGAGUCAAAAGAGAAGUAUGGAUUCACCGCCCUCCAAACCGGAUUGAUCUAUAUCUCACCCUUUGUCGGCGGUUUGCUUGGCACGGCAGUGGCAGGUAAGGUCUCGGAUGUAGUGGUGCGAUACCUGACAAGACGUAACGGCGGUGUUUACGAACCUGAAUUCCGCCUUGUCAUGGCAAUUCCCAUCGCUCUUUCGACUGUAAUUGGAUUGAUGGGCUUUGGAUGGAGUGCGGAGCAGAUGGAUGCGUGGAUCGUUCCAACAGUAUUCUUUGGUCUGAUCUCCUUUGGUUGUUGUUUGGGUAGUACUACCGCUAUUACAUUUUGUGUGGAUAGCUACCGCCAGUAUGCCGGAGAGGCCCUGGUGACGCUGAACUUCAGCAAGAACGUUCUACAUGGCUUGAUCUGGUCGCUUUUCAUCGUCGACUGGCUUGAUGCAGACGGCUCUCGCACUGUUUUUCUUUCUAUCGGUGGCAUUCAGCUCUUCUUUCUAUUCCUGACUAUCCCUAUGUACAUUUACGGCAAGCGGGCUCGCAUGUGGACAGUGCGCAAGCGGUUGAUGGAGCGUUUCUGA